AUGGAGCUUCAAGACGUGCGGAUAAAAACAGUGGAAGUACCAGGUGAUGGUAACUGCCUGUUCUACGCGGUGGUUCAGCAGUUGUCAGGGAGGAAGUGUUUCGAUUCGCAAUUCUUCAACGAAGCUAUGAGGCUGCGAAGAAGAACGGUGGAUUACCUGAUGUCGCACAAGACAGAGAUGAGGGACGUAAUAAUAGCCGAGAUCAUCACCUCGUCAAAUGUAACCACGUCCAAUCUCUCAGACACGCAACUGGACGAGAAAAUCGACCAACAUCUACGAAAUCUGGCAAAAUGCGGAACAUGGGCUGGCGGAGAAGCACUAAUGGCGAUAAAAGAGAUUGUUGGUGCCAACAUCAGGAUUUACAAUCCACACUACCAACCAUUGGAAUUGGUUCACGGUAAUGGGAGGUGUAAAACCAUUGAAAUAUAUUUCAACGGAAUCAACCACUACGAUAGCGUAGAAUUAGGACCAGGAGGAGGACAGACGGUACAGGGAAAUGAAGAUAGGGGGAAGGCAAGAAAUGGAAGCGCAGACCUAGGAGUAGAAUCGAGAAGCAAGGCACAACUGAAGGACGAAUUGAAACGUAGUGAACAAGGAAGAGUAGAGAUGUAA